GUGGAAAUGGUCUCGUGAUUCAAUUGACUUUCCUGAUUGGCGUGAGGAAUGGAUUACAAAUUCGAAGGAAGCAUAUUCUCUGAGUAACGAAACAAUUGUGGAAAUAGAAGAUGAGGUGUGUUAUCAUGCUGGUACUGAGUGUUUUGGGAAUGAACAUUUUACGUGUAAAUGGAAAGUCUUUCAACUAUUUAAGUGCCGAAAGGUUUGGACAAGAACACCUUUGCAAGACUCAUGAACGGAGGCAGAUGUUCCAGAGGGCAGUACUAGGCAAGGCUUGCUCAUCUUCAGAGAAGCAAGGAAACACAGGCUUCACAAAUGAUGAUUUCAUGUUGUUCAUGGUCGACAGCCUUUGCAAGGAUUCAGGCGGCUGGCUUGCUGAGUGGGUGCGGCAACACGUAGAUACUGAUGGUGAUGAACGUAUAUCCCGUUUCGAGGAGGACAUGUUUUACAAUGCUGUCGCUGAUCUAGAAACAUUAUAGUGUCCAUUUUCAUUUUUGAACACAUCUGGACUGGUUUGACCACGUAAUGGAUUGCUGGUCAAUCCGUUCUAUUCUCUUGUUCAUUAAGAGCAAACCUUCAUAUUUUAUACGAAUAUUGGACCUUGUGAAGACCAAUGAACAUCUGUCUGUGAUAUGCUCUGAUAUGUCUGCGACAUAUCUAUACUUAUUUCCUGGAAUUGUUAUGUACUGUUUCAUUCUUUACUAAAUGUACCUCUGCAUUUACAAUGCCAUUUCAUAGCAAAUGUGUAUUCCACUUUUCUAGUAUAUGGAUUAGCUUAAGAUUCUACGUAACAUAACAUUUAGAAUUACAAGCAACACGUUCCGUUUUCUACACUCGAUAUUGAAUGUGUUUGAGGCAUUGCUCUUAAUAGAAGUAGUUACACUGCUGAAUUUUUUUCAUUAUAUUGUGUGUUUUUUUUAUCUUAUAAACAUUUCGA